GUUUUACACCCCACCACCCAUAGACUGUAAACUCGAUUGAGCAGGGUCCUCUUCAACCUAUUGUUCCGGUAAGUUUUUUGUAAUUGUCCUAUUUAUAGUUAAAUCCCCCUCUCUUAUUGUAUUGUAAAGCACUACGGAAUCUGUUGGCGCUAUAUUGAUGAUGAUGAUGAUGAUGAUGAUAAUAAUAAAGUACCAUUGAAUGUUUUGGUAUGAUGUAAUAACAUUACUACUGGAGCAAAUACAGGCAUGUCAUCACAGUGUAUGGCACCUUCCAAAACUUUUCAAGUGGAGUGCAGCUCCACCAUAAGUGUAAUAGGAUGGCCUCUGCCUCUCCUGCGCCACCCAUGCGAGGAGGUCGACAGACCUUGUGUAUGUGGGGUCAGAGCGAUUGGGGUCUGGUACCAUGGGGUACAGGUUUUGCGUGAAACUUCUUGGAGUGUUGCCGAUAAUGUGAUUUCAUGGAUUAACGUAAAGACUUUAGUCUAGUCAUCAUCCGAUAGUGUUAUCUAGAGUUCAUCUUCCCAUUUGUUCGUACAAGGUGGGGGAUGAUGAUCUCUCUCGUUGACUAACAUUAUAAAUACUGGAAAGGCAUCAAAUUAAGGGCAACACUGACUCGCAAUAUGAUGCAAAUGUUGUAAGCUCUCAAGUGAAACUUCUUCACUGAGGGAUAAAAUGUAGAUCAUGUAAAGUCUGAGCAUGGAUGAGUAUGUGGAGGAACCUAUUGGUCGUGUUCAGAAACAUGUCUGAAAGAGGUAUCACAGACUUAGUAUACUGCCACGCUUUUCCUGCCAUAAGAAGAAGUUUGAGUGGUCCAUGCAUCCCCACAGGAAACUAUGGGUUAUCCCAUAGAGGUAACAUUGGGCCCGGGUCUUUGGUCAGGAAGUACACGGCACAUUCUAGGGCUCCAUCUGUGCCACAGCAACAGUGUCUCUCAAACAUACGAGUUAGGACAGGUUAGUCAUCUUCCGCACUACUCCCGGAACCAUUGAUGAGCCGUUAAAUCAAUCAAGAUGAUUGCUUCUCCAGUGAGUCCCAGAGUUUGGUUUUGUUCCAGUGGCACCAUUGAAGAACCUGCGAAAGGUGUGCUGCCACGUAGUACUUCUUAAAGUUGGGUAACACUGAGCUAGAUCCCCAAGUAUGUGGCAGCCAUACAACAACAAAAAUAUUUAAUUACAGGUAUGACAGACACUAGUUGAGCAAAAAACAAAACAAAAGGACUUUACAAUUAAUCAUAAUCAAUAUUACAUGCUAGCAAAGAAUGUGUACAGUAGGAGGUCACUUCAAUUACAAAGAACUACCAAGGAUGUAUUGCAGUGAAAGGGAAGCCUCAGAGGCGGCAGCCAGUAAAAAUCAUCUGAGGCAGGGCACGGCCAAACUAAAGCUCGCUAGCACAGGUUGGCGAAACCAACUCUGCUGGUGCUGAUCUCAUUGAACUGGACACAUAGCACAUCUACAGUAUGGAGAGAGGUAAAAAACAUGCCUCAGAGUGCAUAUUUUUUGUUAGAUCAUUCACGAUAACACAAAAUGCCAACAUUUACAAUAAUUCAUUUUAAUUGUAUGGUUUUAAAGGGUUUUACCUUGAAGCCAAUUAUUCUGCUUUUUAAACAUUAGUCAAUGAUGAUAUUGAUUUUUGAGAACUUUCCAAAGACCGGUGCACCCACUUUGUAUAAUGACUGAGAGUCCUCUCCCUGUUUCGAACUAUUGCUAGAUUUUACUGUUUUAUACUCUAAAUCUGUCUUUUUAUGUAUUGCUAUUCAUUCAGUCUGUCCCAGCCCUUUAAAUGAAGGUCUGUCUUUCAUGUCAUGGCUUCCUGUACUAAUGUUCUGCAUGGCCGUUUAGUUAUGCUUAAUACUGCUGUGUUGUGUAGGUGUUGCGUGUGGUAUGGCAGGACGGCUUCAACCAUAUGACAGUAACGCCAGUGAUCCAGAGAACGGGGAUCAGAAAUGUUAUAGUAGACCUUGCAAACUAUAUAAGCAUUCAAGGUAGGUACCCCAGAUCUGUGUACAUCAGUCCACUAUGCUUCCAUGUCAUUACCACUUUGCCAGCCUGCUUGAAUUACUGAAUGGAACUUUGAUUGUCCUAUGGAUCUGGGGUCGUUACUGUAGGAAACACGUUGCAGCUCUUCAGAAAUGUGUCCAGUCUUAAAGGAACAUGUAUCCCUGACCCUAUAGUGUUAAAAAUACCAUCUGACCCCCCUAAAUAUAGUAAAAUCUUACCUUUAUUCAAGUCUGCUGGCUCUACCCCGAUCUGCCUCCUUGGCUGACAUUAAAAGUGAUAUCAGCCAAUCACAAUGCUUUCCCAUAAGAAAGCAUUGAAUUGGCUGAGAUGAUCAAUUCUGAUGAUCUCCACCAAGGAGGCGGGCUGAAGGGGCUGAGCCAAACACCACCCUUGCCAAUCAGCAUCUCCUCAUAGAUAUGCAUUGAAUUAUGAUACAAAACAAAAGCACCAAAUUUGAUGUUUGCGUGAUAUAUCAAAAAAAUUUAUCACAUGAUUUUUCUAUAGAUCCAUCCUGUAACUGAAGGUCCAAUUGGCUGAGGGUGUGUUGCCUAGUGGUCCCUAAGAUUGGGUAUAUGGUGCUUAAAGGUCAUAAAAACUUAAAUUAGAACAUUCUUUAUGGAGAUGUAUGUAAACACUCUAAGCACCAAAAUCAUUACAGUUUAUUGUACUUCUUAUUUUAGUGGUUAAGGUACUACCGCUGCUCCAAUCUGAUCAGGAUGUUCAUUUCUUUAUUCUAUAUAAAAACCUGGACAGCAGUGAUACCAGGUGAGCAUUAAAGUCUGCAUAUCCCAGCACACAGAGUCUAUUAUUGUUGAACAGAUAAUGAGAAUGUGACGUUCCUUGUUACAAUGGUGGCAGUGAAUGCUGGGAAUGCCCUGUUUUUGUUUUCUUCCAGACCACUUACUCCACUCAAGAACUCCUGCAUAUAUAAGUGCUCUAAAAAGCUCUGGUGGUGCUAGUUACAGUGUCUCACACUUGAAAUUUUCUUCUGUUCUAUUCGAUUUUUUUUUUUUUGAUUUUUUUUUUUUUGAUUUUUUUGUACCAUAGAAAGGAAUGGCAUUUAGUUUAAUCAUCAUAUGUGCAUGUGAGAUGUCACAGAAUAGAUGAGCAAACUAGGUAAUUGGGGAAAUAAGUCUUUGAACUAUUAAGAUGACAGUUUACAUAUAAAGUAAGCAGUUACUCUUCUAGCUGCCUUUAAUCUGAUACAGUUGUGAUCAUUAAAUGUCAUUAACACUUGUGAUUUUCAUGGGAUUAAUUGUGAUGUACAUAAAUGGGCACUGCGAAACGGUCCAUGACUGUGUUUAAAUGAAAUAUUAAUUAGUUGAGGUUCUCUUUACCAGUAACCUACCUAAUAGAGUAUUGCAUUAUUUAUGUUGUCUUUAACUUGUUUGGUAUUAUUUCCCAAGAAGUGAAGCCUUGUUAUAAAUUUUAAACUUGUCAUUGGAGCUGUAGGAAGGAAGAAAUGGCUACCUUAAAAAGUGACACAUUAUAAAUAUUUAUUUUAACCUUUAAUCUGCCAGGGUUCCACGUCAGUGACACAUUAUAAAUAUUUAUUUUAACCUUUAAUCUGCCAGGGUUCCACGUCAGUGUUGUACUCUCACACUUGCUCAAGAGCACAACACUGAGGUGUAUGGAUGAAUCUGUGAGACAGCAGGAUCCUCCAUACAGUGGCAAAACUUGACGGCAGAAGCUCCACCUUUUGUCAAGGUUAGGAAAUAUUACCAAAAUUGUCAAUGUGAGUAUUUCGGAAAGAUUUUGUCUUGCGGUGUCAGAUCCUCUUUAAGGGAAGUGUAUCAAAGAUUGAGUGGGACUGCUGGUUAACAUGAAACAAGCCUGUACACAGCUGCUAAUGUUUUGUCCACAGCCAUGUGCCAUGUUUUGCUGUCAAAGUUUGCACCCUCUCCCAGGGAUGUACAUGGCGCUUAUGUGAAUUUGAAGACAAUGGAGGAAGUAAAAGCUUCCUCCCUUGAGAUCAGAGGCAGUCUUAUAGGUGCAGUGAUUUGUUUUACUCUCCUGUGGUUAUAAUACACUGUUUGUUGAGAAACCGUGACGUGUCCUUCUUGCACCAUAACCCAUGCAAUGAGCAUUGUGCUUUGAGUGGCACUUUAUAUGUUGCCAUGAGGUGCCCUGUAAGAAUUAAAGCAGAGCUGUUAAAGAUCUGGGAUCUUUGCCUUUGCAUAUUUAGGAAAGUCACCUGAAGGGGAUAUAUCUGGUUAUGGUCUGCUGGCAGUCAAAGGUAAGUAUACGUGAAGCUGUUUAUCUCAGCUGAUGCCCUCUUUAUCCUCGGGGACUCUUUUUAGUUCCUGGUGCUUCAUUUGUCAGUAGCCAUGUCAGUACUGUACGUUUGUGCAUGCGCAAGAGUAUAACGCUAAAAUCUGUGGGAGAGACCACUAGAGCCUCCGUAGUUCCAUGCCUGAAUUCCACAGCCCGGACAGCUGCUGGGAUUGAAGAAAAGUUGACAGCAGAGCUCCAUCAUUUGUCAACCUUAGCCUUGCCCAUAGGACAAACUAGACCCUACUUUGUCUUAUGGUAUCGUGCUAAAGCACUCGGCAUUUACGAUUUCAUAAAGGUUAUAUCAUUUUGAUAUACUGAGAAGGGACGGUGGUUAGAAUGAGCCUCUAAUGAGUGUAGAGCUGGUGCCUUCUGGAUACCUUAACCUGUCAUCGGCCAAUCACAGAGCAGCAGUGUAAGAUUAGCUAAAUCAAUCACAGCUCUGUAGUAUGCACUGUUUGGUUACAAGAUAAUCUAAGAUAAAAAUGAUGGGGGUGGGGGCUUACUUUGCUCCAGUGCUUUAAAAAAAAAAAAAAAAGUUACAUUUACAAAAAGAAUCUUAUGUGUUCCCAUGUGUAGUAGCAGUAUUUUAAAGAGAGGGUAUAUUUUAUCAGGGGGUCUUUGUAUUUAGUUUAUUUGUGAUGCUUCCUGAUAGAGCUCUGAAAGAUAACUUGUACUUAACCCCUUAAGGACCAAACUUCUAGAAUAAAAGGGAAUCAUGACAUGUCACACAUGUCAUGUGCCCUUAAGGGGUUAAACUCUUCCUGUUCAAUGUACCAUUUUUAAUACAUAGAGUGGGCCAUUAAGACUACAGUUUAUUACAGAGGUCAUGGUACUAGGAUGCCUUAGGUGCCAUUACUCCACUCAUUUUUAUUUAUUUUUUGACCUACGAUCUGCCCCCUAUUCAGAUGACAGAUUGUAGGGCAUCUGUUCAAUUUCUCACAGAAUACCUUGUGAAAUCUUUACAAUAGGAAAAUUGUCAAUAUUCGGGAUUUUUUUUUUUUUUUUUCAUUGAAAAGUAGUUUUGUGUAAUUAGGUUUAGGAGCAGCAUCCUGAAAUAUGAAACAAAGUUCUCAUUAUUUAACGUCCUGGAACGUCUUUAAUUGUAGUUUAGCUGGAUGAUUACUUUUUUGUUUCUAGCUUAGUUGCUUUUUACAGAUGAAAUCUGUGUCCCGUAUGUGGUGAUAAGUUUAAGUUUUGUAUAACUGCCUUGAGUUGAAUAAUGAAGGCAAGAAAUCACAAUGUAGCUCAGCAAUAAGAAUUGCAUUUAUUGGCUUAUUGUGCUGUAUGGAGUAUGUCGAUGUGCGAGACCUGUAUUUAGUGUCAUGUUUGUCAUCUUUCAAGUCUGUUGAUUCUUAACAUGUUUUCAUAAAAGUAAUCUCAGCAGACACCAUUACGCUGCUUUCAAGGGCUUUGAUGCAGGGCCUGUCUGAAUUCCUGGAUUAGACUUUGUGUAAUAAAACAGUUCUUAAUAGUACCUUUUUGUUUUUCUGUUAAUUUGGUCAGCUGUUAUAUAAAUAGAUUGCAGCCACAGCCAUUAUCACCGAUUUCACGCGUUAAACCUGAAAAGCUGGUAAUCGCUUCCUAUGGAGCGACUGUCUACCCCUCCCUUCCUCCCCUCCAGAUUCUGCCUGUCACUGCAGGACACCCAAUCGCUGCUCGUCGGCAGGAGUGCUUGUACAAAGCAGCUCGAAUGAGGUGGCGUGUCUGGAGACGUCAGCCCUGAUUCACUGAUUGUGUGAAAAUGAUUUGUAUUAAUAUCUGGAAGGUGCAGUGUCCUGACUGCCUGCCAUUGUGGCACGAGGGUAAGAAUGCUAGGUGGCCACAUGUCGUCCUGCUCUCACUGAGCCUCAGCCAAGGUUUGGCAAUGCUGUAACGCAGAAAUGCUGAACUUUGCAAGUAAUGCCCAGGGCUGCUUUCCAAACUGCCUCUUACUUCCUCUGUGAUCUGAUACCCAAGCUCUCUCUGUGUCUGUGUGCUGCAAGGUGCGUAUCCAUUGCUGAGGGAGGGGGCCUAAUAAGCUAAAUUAGAGGUGUACAAAAGGUGGAACCUCCUAACAUGUUUAGCACUACAACUCCUACUAUGCUUUGCCAGGCUGGAAAAAAUUGAGUUCUACAAAGAAUCAAGGUGUCUGUGUACCUUUUGUUCAGCCUUGCUCUAAGUUGAUAUAGGAUCUUGGCAGGUGACUGGGCUUAGUGCCCCAAAUGUUAGAAUUUUUUAAUUUUGUGUUUGGGAGUGCAAGCUCUUCAGGCUUGUCUGCAGAUAAUUUCAAUGUAAAAAGUGUUUUGUUUUUUUCUCACCAUUGCCCCUCUUUUUCUUUCAUCGUCUCUAGUCACAGCACCCGUAUUCGGAAAUAUCCUUUGUUCUCCGCGAGGUGUGUGAUCAGAAUAAAUUGAUGAGAUUGUUAGUUUGUUAAUCUCGGAUGACUGGAAAGACAUGCAGGGCAUUGUCUAGUAAUUCUCCUCAUUGUUCUCUGCUGACUAAAGCUAGCCUAAUAUGAUUUGAAUCUCCUUCCUGUAUCUGCAUUUGUCAGGAUCUUUUUAGCCCAGAAAUUUGCUAGCAAUAACCCCUUGUGUUCAGCUGUGCCUAUUGUGAAGUGAAUAUCUUCUGUAUGCACAGUAUGUUUUAAUCACUUAAUAGCCUCUUGCUCAUCUAUUGUUUCACUUAGUGCUUGUGAUAAAGGUCCUUUGUGUCUGUAAUUGUGUCUGGACAGUGUCAAAUGUUUAGUCUUGUUACUUAAGGUGCACUCCAUGCUCUUUCCCUAUGUGAACGGAGACACUACUUAUAGCAGUCUUGGAAGGAGCUUUAAAAUCCGUUUCUACAAAAUAAGAUGUUGAUGGCAAAUCUCCCUGUUAUCCUAACAAGUCCAUUGUUGCUACCUAUAACUGGACUGUCAACCUUAAUAACAAAACAAAAAAAUUCUCUAUAAUCCGUAUUUUGUUUUGCUGUCAAAUGCAUUCACUUUCUAGAUUAAUAUAGCAUUCAAAUUGUUGGAGAGCAAUGCAAAAAUGAAUUUAACCCUGUAAGCUCUACAUACCUGUUCACUCAAGUGCUUGUCUUCACCUUAAUCAGCUGUGUUCAGUCUCAAUGCAUAGUGAAGAGGAACUAUAAAGCCACACUCUACUAUUGAGGCGCAUCUGUGGCUUAAAGUACUUUUUGUCUCCUUGCAGAGGUGAGGGUUUUAAUUGGCAGACAACAAGGCUUCUUUGUAAACAAAGUAGCAUUGUUCAAGACAGUGAAUUGUAUUUAUAUCUUUACAUGAUGAUAAAUAAAUUUUUGUAUGGUAGUUUUGCGUUCCCAAACAUGCCAUAAAGUUCCUCACAAAUACAUAUUUUCACAUAUAUCUAUAAUGUGUGUGUGUUUUUUGUCAUACUGUAUGUGCCGUAAAUGGUAUGUCUGCUUCCAUUCUUGCAUUUCAUACUAUGUGAAUUAUUGCAGGCUGACGGAUUUCAAAUAUUCCCUCAAUAUUUCUGUAAAAACCCCAAACAUUUGAAUUGUGUAAAUAUUCAGAAUUUGAAAUGUUUAGGUAUCUCUAAAAUGGCAGUUUUGUGCAAAAUAAUGUGCUCUUCAUAUCGGGUUUGAAAUGUUUUUCUAUUUAAAAAAAAAAAAUUAAAAAAAAUGAAUAUAUAUAUUUUCAUUCUCCAAAAAUGGCAUUUUAGCAAACAAAUUUUAUGAUUCAUCUAUAUUCACUUACUCUUCUGUAGCAUUUAGCCAGGUGCAUUCAUGGCAAAUCUAAUCUGCUACUUGUGUUUUUGCAGCACCCCAUCACGUCCUAGAUCAGGAACAAGUAACACAAAAAUGAAUCCACACGGCGCCAGUGGAGGUCACGAACGUUCAAGAGAUAGACGUCGUUCAAGUGACCGAUCUCGGGAUUCAUCCCAUGAAAGAGGCGAGAGUCAGCUAACUCCUUGUAUUCGGAACGUCACCUCUCCUACAAGGCAGCAUCAAAGCGGUACGUUUUUUUUUGUUUGUUUUUUUAUGAUGACAUGUGACCCCUCCCUUUGUGGUUGUGUGCUUACCGGUUCUCUUUACUGGCACUUUUGGCAUAACACUUUGUUUUCAUAGCUGAUACAGAGUUGCCCCAUUUCUUAAUUUACCAGGUGAAGACAGAAACCAACUGCCCUGACUUCUGCUUGAAAAUAAAAUGUAUUCCUAACCAACGGGCAUAUUGGAGUGCUUUUAUAGAUACCCCUAAAUUAUGUAUGUAUGUAUGUAUGUAUGUAUGUACGUACAUAUGUACAGAUAAUAGGUAGACUCUUUGUUGGCUUAGGAAUACAGUCCCUUUUAUGCUUUGUUAGACUCUAGGCUAGCAAAACACAGUGCAAUUGGUAUACCUGCAGUAGCUGUGUAUUUUGCUGCUAUACAGCCGGCAACUUGCCUUAAGUAUUUGUGUAUUUGUGCUCAGAAUGCACAGCUCUGUAGAGCCACUAUGGUUGAUUAGAACCUGCAACAUGUCUUUAACAACAAUCGGUUCCCAGACCCGACUGACACUGCAUAACUCAAACUGGAGGAUGCAAACCUUUUACUUCUUGUUAUUGGCCCUCAUUGUGUCUCUUCACACUUAUUCGGCUGUGUCCAAGUCAUUAAAGGGACACUUUGAAACACCAAAAACAACUUUAGCUUAAUGAAGCAGUUUUGGUGUAUUGGUUAUGCCCUUAUGUGUCACUGCUCAAUUUUCUGCCAUUUAGGCGUUAAAUCACUUUGGUUAUACAGCCCAGGUCACAUCUCCCUGCAUGUGAUUUACACAGCCUUCCUAAACACUUUCUGUACACAUUGCACAAUGUGUUUACUUUAGAAUAUCAUAUCACCUGCUGGAGACUGCUGUGUGUGUCUGUGUCUGUCAUUAAAGGUCAAUUAAUAUAGAAGGAGAUAAAAAUGUUAAAAGUAAACACACUGUGCUACAAAAUCUGAUUGAAAAUGACAAAGUUAAAAAGUCACAGCCAGAGGAGGUGUGGCUAGGGCUGCGUUAACACAAAUAAAAAAGAUUUAACUCCAUGUCAGAGAAUUGAGCAGUGAGGCUGCAGGGGCAUGAUCUUUACACCAAUACUGCUUCAUUAAGCUUAAGUUGUUUUGGUGCUCUUUAAACAGCACAUCUCUUGUUGCUCAGUCAGCAUUUGGUGAGGAACAUACUAUGAGUGUCUUGGGUUAUGGUUCAACUAGAACUGUAGAAAUCUGGCUGGCUGUGUUACUUAUGGAGUCUAUACCAGCCAGAAAUAAUUGUUCUAGAUCACUCCAAUCUGCCAUGUGUGCCUUCAGGCUGGCUUUAUCUUGCAGGUCAAAGAAAGGUGACUGGAACUAUGGGGGUGGUAUAAAGAGUAAUUCUGGGUGCAAAGUUUAAGUGGAGCAUUCAACCAGAAAAACCGGGUUACCUGAUUUUCCCUAUCUGGGAUUUGUCAUAAAGUGGCAUAAAAGCUGAGAUGAAUACCGGUUUAAAGGGAUUCAAACAGUUUUCCUGGCACUGGAGAAUCCUGGAGUGCCCCCCUCCCUUCAACCCCCCAUCCCACGUUUUUUAUAAAAACUGCAUUAAUUACACUUGCAGGGUUAAGGGUGAUGUGAGUUGGCACCCAGACCACUUCAAUAGGCUGAAGUUGUCUGGUUGCCUACAGUGUUCCUUUUAAAGUAAAAUAAUAAUGAAAACAAAAGUUGGAUGAUGCCCCCAGACUAUUUGCACCAUCACUACUGCACUGAGCUUUAGUGUUUAUGGUAGAGUGCUGCAGCAUUCCCAUUAAUAUUACUGCUGUGCUUUAAACUGUAUCUUGCAGAAAUGUAAGGUUUAUUUUUACCAUGGAUGUCUUUAGAUUUCAACUGCUUAUUUGUAAAUUUUAUGUAUUCAUUUUGUUUUUUGCUUUUAUUUACUUUAUUGGGUGAGCUAGUACUAUCUGGUAAAACAUUGCCCUAUUUUUCCAGUCAUGCCUGUGUACAUGUGUAACUAUUAGUGAAUAAAAUACAAUAGAUAUUAAAGGGACACUAUAGUCACCAGAACUACAGCUUAUUGAAUUGAGUAGAAUCAUUGCCUUCAGGCUUUUUGCUGUAAACACUGUCCUUUUCAGAGAAAAUGCUGUCUUUACAUUACAGCCUAGUGAUAACGUCACUGGCCACUCCUUAGAUGGCUGUUAGAGAUCCUUCCUGGGUCAUGGCUGCCUAAUAUGCAUCCAAAAAUUCAGUGUCUCCACCCUCUGCAUGCAGACACCGAACUUUCCUCAUAGAGAUUCAUUGAUUCAAUUCAUCUCUAUGAGGAGAUGCUGAUUGGCCAGGGCUGUGUUUGAAUCAUGCUGGCUCUGCCCCUGAUCUGCCUCUUUGUCAGUCUCAGCCAAUCCUAUGGGGAAGCACUGUGUAUGGAUCAGGCUACCACUUCUGAUGAUGUCAGCAGGCAGUGGCCAGGUCUAAAGGAAACAGAGACAAAGUAAGCAGACUUGCGUACAAGUAAGAUUUUACUAUAUUUAGGGAGGCAAGAGGGGGCUUGGGGGCUAGAUGGUGGUUUUAACCCUAUAGGGUCAGGGAUACAUGUUUGUGUUCCUGACCCUAUAGUGCUCCUUUAACACGUGUCACAGAACUUCUGAUUAAACUUAUGUCCUCGCCUAAAGUUAAAAUAGAUUUAUGGUUUUAUAUAGUAAGCUGCUUCUCUUUAUCUUAUUUAUUUUUUAAUAAUAUAAUAUACAAAGAACAAAAACCAAUGGGUUUAUGAUUCAAUUUAACCUGCACGCUGCAAAUCUAUUCCAAGAGAACCAUGGGGUGGACUCCCAAAUCCCACACCAUGGGUUUCUUGUUGAAGGUAAUGAACUGAAGGAAUUCUGUUUAAUCGAGAAUAACUAAAGGAAACAACAUAUUAUAUUAAAUGUCUUCAUAGCGUGUGUUUUCUCUGUACAUUGUCUCUCCAGGCUUCACACCUGGAUCUGUGAAUUCAGUCUCUUAUGUAUCUCUCCUUUGUUAUAUAAGAGUGGAACAGAUCAUUGUGUCUUAUGACAGCUGGGGGAUAGGCUUUAACAUAGCUGAUUAUUACAGUGAGAAAUGAAUGCAGAUUAAACCUAUAUUAAGGAAGCGGUCAUUGGCUGAUUGUUGUCUAAUGCUGCUGGAGAAACACUAUACUGGUGGAUAGGGAUUAUGAAUGCCAGGGUGAGAUCUCCCAAUGUUUAUGCUGGGUUUAAACGUUUGUAAUAUAAUUACUUUUUAUGUAUUCAUUACUUUUUCGUAAUCAACUUUCAGACAGCCCAAAUAAUGAAUAUUCUAUUUUGCUUCUAAAGAUGUGUUACCGAAACAGAUUGAUUUGUAUGUGUGUUUCUUGCAGCUAGGCAGUGGGCCCUUUACACAAACUCCAUGUACAGUGCUUGUGUAAAGUCACUUCACCAAACCCCACAUUAAAUCAAAGGAUUCGUUCUCUUUUGUAGAUCGAGAGAAGGAAUACUGUUCCUCGCGUCCAGGCAGCCCCCGUCCUCAGAAAACCUCCCCGAAUGGUUCCAGUAGUUGCAUUGGCCUAAGUAGCCGGAUGGGUAGCCAGUCCAGCUCAGAUGGCAGCUGUAAGACCUCCAGCGAGAUGGUAUUUGUUUACGAGAACGCUAAAGAAGGAGUUCGAAAUGUUCGCACGUCUGAGCGGGUCACUCUUAUAGUGGACAAUACCAGAUUCGUUGUAGAUCCUUCCAUUUUUACUGCGCAGCCAAACACAAUGUUGGGCAGGUUUGUACUACGAUUUCUGCUGUGCUUUUCUUUAAGAUCAUUUUUAUUUUCCUAUCUCUGAAAGAUCUAUGUUUUUGUGACAGAUAUACCGUGUCCUGUCUUUACCUUUACUGUGAGCUUUCAGUUCUAUUUAUUGUAAAAAUGAGAAGUCCUUGAACCUGUCAUGAACGGCAAUCCUGUGCACUCGGCGACCUGCAGCUCACAGCAUAACCUGUGUUAAUGGAUAGGACGUCAAUACUAGUUAAUGGCACCAUUCUAUUUCAAGGCUAAUUUUGGUUUGUUUUCUUAAUUCUAGCAGUGGGCUCUCUGCUCCCUGAAAACUGCGUUGGUAAUUUUCUAGAGAUUGAUAUAUGUGCAUGUUCUUUUUGCAUAGGUUCAUGGUGAAAUUCAUCAGAUAUUGAGGCUGUAUAAUUUCUAGAUUUAUAUUCUUUUAUCUAUGCAUAUAAUAAGUAGCAAAUCUUAUUUUUUUUUUCUGUUGCUGUUCUGUGUCCGUUUUGGUUUCCUCAUAUUGAAACAUGUAAUGAUUUUGUUGUGCAGGAUGUUUGGAUCAGGCAGAGAACAUAAUUUCACACGUCCCAAUGACAAGGGAGAGUUUGAAGUUGCAGAAGGAAUCAGCUCCACUGUGUUUCGAGCAAUUUUGGUGAGAUUUUGUUUUCAUAGCUAGAAAUAAGAAUAUUUCUGAAUUCUGAGUGCUCGUCCAACUUGCACAAAGCGCCAUAAUUUCAGUUGCAGAUAAAGCAGUCACUAGGAGUGAAAUGGAUAGAUGUUUCUCUAUAUAGGGGGAUAUCCUCUGUAUUUUGUGCACAGUGCGAUAGUUUCAUGAAAUAUACCGUCACAGUCCAUGUGUGAAUCUUAUUGUUUCCUUAAUGAAUAUAAGCAGUUUGUUUCCCAAUGAUGUUUUUCCACAUAAAUUUAUUAAAAUUACAUCAGAAGAAAACUGGAAUGUUAAUGAAACACAGACAAUUCUUUGCUAAAGAGAGUGGUGCGCACUAGACAGGUAUUUGUUUUGGGUGGUAAUCGGUAUAUAAUUGGUAUGAACCUUGUAAUUUAUCGAUAACUUACAUCUCGCCAUCUUCCAUAUCCUGAAACCCCAGUUGCCUGUCAAUGAGGCGCCACUUUACGACCUCACAUCCUUCCUCCCUUUGAGCCCCCGCAUGUUGAGUUCAGCUGAAGGCAGGGAGGUGAGACCGUGCAUAAUCUACUGAGCUGGCUGAUAGUGAUACGAGUGUGACUGCCGCCAGCCUGUUCAGUUAAUGCCACAUUUGUGUCGAAAUUGUGUUGCUUUUUCAAAACUUUAAACGGACAGAAUAUCGGCACCGGUUAUUGGCCUAAAUGGUGACCGAUAAUUUGUAUUGACUCUGGAAAAAUGAAAUGGAUCAAUCCCUACUGUGCAGAUAAUCUAAACUCUCUUCCUUGUGCUGCAGUCUGUGUCCUGAAAGUGCCACAGCAAGGACUUAUUAUAUUGAUAAGGAAUGACUCUGCAUUUAAAUAGCUCUGGUGAUAUAAAUUGCAGGCUGGGUAUCAUUUACUAUGCAGGGCAAAAGAGAUAAUUUGAUCUUUCAUUCCCAGGACAGACUGCUUCCCGCACCUUGCUAUAAUUUAGGUUCUGGGAAGUUUUCACGUCUGUGAAAGCAGAUCACUUUUACUUUCCUUUCCACAUUAAAAUAAUGCACAGAGGACAAGUCACAUGAACAAAUCUUCUCAUCUUGUGGAUGGACAACUAGCAUCUUGAUUAAAGCCUUUUUAAAAAAAAAAAAAAUGCAAAGAUUCACUGCAUUCCUGCAAUUCUUACGGGAAAUAUUUCCACGGGAUCUUUAGUGUAAGUUUCACUGCUUCUGUCAGAGAUUGGAAGGAGUGGGAUGGAUGUCUGGCUUGUCCGGUGCAAAUACAGAUCCUAAAUAGUGAGUCUGUACCUGACUGAAUAUGUCCCAGCUCUUUACUGCACUCAUUUGUUUCUGAUUACUGUGGAUUAAGUGUUAGUCACUUUGCCCACCUACAUGUCUUUAGUAAAUCUUUUACUCUGGUAAAUAUCCACUGCAGUCCUUACGCCAGCUGGCAUUUGCAAGUCCACAGUUUUAAUGUCAAUGCGUGGAAGAUAGAAAAAUAAACUGUACCAUAGAAGCUAGUAUGAGCAGCAUCUGUUUAUUUGCUGAAAUUAGAAAUCACCAUUAUAAGAGAACUCAUCAACAUUAUAUCUGAAGUUACCAUCAUGACUUGUAUCUCUUAAGUUUGUUGUCUGCUGUUUGAAGCAAAUGAUCGCAGCACAUUUUGCAUCACAUUUAGCUGCCGGUCUCCAUUAUGCUUACACCAUCCGUGUAGUGAACUAAAUGUCUGUGUGUCAACCGCAUUCUUCCGCCUAAAACACGUUUUCAUGCAUGGAAUUUGCGCGUGAAGUUAAUUAAUCCAACAUAUAACAAGUAUAUGCUUGUCUCAUAAAUUGCAAUUUGCACUAAAUAUGCAGCAUUUUUUUUUUUUUGUCUUGUAAUAUUUUUUCCCCCCCUAUAAUUUUACAAGGAUUACUACAAGACGGGAAUAAUCCGGUGCCCGGAUGGGAUCUCUAUCCCCGAGCUGAGAGAGGCAUGUGACUAUCUAUGUAUCGCAUUUGAAUAUAGCACUAUCAAAUGUCGAGAUCUGAGUAAGUAUCCCAUAGGUGAGGCAACGUCUGGAAGACUCUUUCUUUCCACGUUUACUACUGCCCAGGUUUUUCUUCCAGUGCCUUACUAUAUGCUAACCACUGUAUUCUGACUAACUCUUCUUAUUUCAUCUGUGAUUAGCAGACACAUUGCAGUCCAUUUCUUAUUGCUAUCACUUUACAUCAACUUUCCAAAGCUUGAAAUCUUUGUGCAUGCCUCCCCUGUGUCUGUCUCUCUGCUUCGGCAUUAAUCAACUGCUAAAAAAAAUAAGGGGAAUGUUAUUAAAACCAAUUAAUUUAUAAUUAUUUCUUAUUGGUCUGUUUACUCUGAAUAGUUUGUAUUUUUUUUUAUAUUGAUAAUGGUUUUAGUGUCUUGCUUACGUGGAUUUUCUAAGUACCUACAUUGGAUUCCUUAUUCCUUUUCUUACCAGUUAGAUAUCCUAAACAUGAUCAAAUUCCUGCAUUAGUAAUACAAGACAGGCUUUUACUCUAGGAAUUUGUAAUGAAGUGAAGCUUAAUGCAUGUGAAAUGAACGGUGUGCUUCCUGUCACCCAUCUUUCAGUACUAAUCUAAUGUAUUUGAUUGGAGUGAUGUGAGCUUCCUUGUUGCUUUUUUAUUAUAUUAAGUACUUGCAAACUAAUAUGAACUGAGAGAUCAUACUGUGUCUGCUUUCAAAGCAUUAUGGCUGUUAGUGACAGACUUUGCUUGGCUGAUUGGAAGAUUACUGCAGCUCUGAGCAGGUUGAUGGAAAAUCUCCUAAAUAUACCCAGAUUUUGCUGAAUGAUUCUAACCAUGUAAAAGCCCUUGUAGUUGUGCACUGAGUGAGCUUUUAUUUAUUGUAUUGAGGUGCAUUAUGGGAGUUAUAGACUCUAGCCUACAGGGCUCACUUUCAUCUGUCAGUCUCUGGUACCUGGAGUUUCUCAGGCCAUUGUGCAGGCGUUGUAUAACACCAUCUCCCCUCCAAUAACUAUUGUUACCUUUCCAGGUGCCCUGAUGCAUGAAUUGUCAAAUGAUGGGGCCCGACGACAGUUUGAAUUUUACCUUGAGGAGAUGAUCCUUCCCUUGAUGGUAGCCAGCGCACACAGUGGGGAACGAGAGUGCCAUAUUGUAGUUCUUACAGACGAUGAUGUGGUUGAUUGGGACGAAGAAUAUCCCCCACAAAUGGGAGAGGAAUACUCACAGAGUAUGUGUAUUAUUUUCACUGUAAACGGUUAUUGGUCGAGAAAGUGAAAACAUGAGAACUGUUAUGCAAUCUCUGCUGAGGAUCACACAGCUGUCUGUGUUUCAGUGUGGCCUUUAACCUGUAUGGCCUUACUAAACAGGUAAAAGGAGCACUCCAAACACAAAGCAACUGUAGCUUGCUGAUUUACUUUGUGUAAUAGAAAUCUGCUCCUUUAUAAAUUAACCUCCUCCCGUGAGACAACCAGUCCUGUUACUUCCUGGUUGCUUAGCUCAGUGGAGCUAAAUUCAAGAGGCAGCAAUUACUCAGAGCACAUGCAGGCCAUAAAAAGUCUGAUCUUGGGAAAGAAGGAGAGUGCUUGCAGUAGCUGCAGAUGACUAGAUCUGCAGCUAUUGCAAGCCAACCUUUCAUAUACUCCCAAAAAAAAAUGCAAAACAACUUACAGGGCUAUUUUGUUUCUGGGUAGAUCUAGUAAGCUUUUUAUUUUUAAAUGGACUAUUCCUUUAGGAGCUACCUGUUUGCAAUCAAGUGUUUAGUCAUGAAAACUGAAUGCAGAUGGCCAACAGCGAGAGAACCGUACAAUGUAUAAUUACAUUAUGUCUGUGGAUUGUAUACUGUGUUAUCAUUUACACUGACUUUAUGUUUUUCCUUUGCAGUCAUCUAUAGCACCAAGCUGUAUAGGUUCUUUAAAUACAUUGAGAAUCGCGAUGUUGCCAAGUCUGUCCUGAAAGAACGGGGACUGAAAAAGAUUCGUCUGGGUAUCGAAGGUAAGAGGACUCUCCAAACAUUGUUUGGUCUCUGUCCAUUUGAAGCGUUCUCUGCAUUCUCUACGAAUCCUAUGCCAAUUCCCUGAACAGUGAAUCAUAGUGAUUUGAAAUUUGCAAUUCUGUUUUCAUAGCAGAGGUGGAUAAUAGGCUAUGUAUAAUAUUUAACAUUCUGUGUUCCUAUUCUUAUUGGGUAGAGGAACAGAUGGUGGUUAGCUAUUCUGUGAGAAGUCAGGAACAUGGGUGUAUAUCAAGAGGUUCUUAGGUGUCUCUAUAUGGCCAGAGUUUUAGUUAAAAGUACUGACGUCAUUAUAGUCAUAGCUACAGUAUAUAGAAUUAUGGACAAAGGACCCAUUCUGUUUCUCACCUUCUGGACAAAAUGCUCUAUUCCUUCUUAAAAGGAAACUAUAGGCAUCCAGACCACUCCAUCUCAUAGAAGUGGCCUGGGUACACUGUCACUGCCCCUUAACCCUGCAUUGUUAAAGCAGUUUCUCUAAAAAUACAAUGUUUAAGUGAUAGUCUACUAGAGGAACAAAACCGUAUUCUUAAGACUAAAAUGUUCCUUUAAGUCCAGCAAGCAACACCUGCUGUUGAAUACCAUCCUGUAACUUUUUUUUUUUCUUCUUUUCUUGAACUGUAGCACUGCACAUCUCACCUACAAUUCAUAGAUCUGGAUGGCUGAAUAUAAUUGCAGAUAGUCUAGAGCAGUGGUCCAGAAUUUAUUAAUUUCCUUUUCCUACUCCAACAACAUGGACUGUUACAGAGCCAUGAGGGGCUGAUUAAGGAGCCAUUGCUGCUGUAGGGGGUUGAACGAAUAGAUUUGCUCCUGGGGCUUCAGGCUUUAAUAAAUCAAAUGAUUGAUUUGCUCCUGGGGCUUCAGGCUUUAAUAAAUCAAAUGAUUGAGGCUUCCUUCUCAAGCUGUGCUACUCACUAAUGGUUUUAUGAAUUUUUAGGUUACCCUACAUACAAGGAGAAGGUGAAGAAGCGGCCAGGUGGGAGGCCAGAGGUGAUUUAUAAUUAUGUACAGAGACCCUUUAUCAGGAUGUCAUGGGAGAAGGAAGAAGGGAAGAGCCGCCAUGUAGACUUUCAGUGUGUGAAGAGCAAGUCUAUUACCAACCUGGCUGCUGCAGCAGCUGAUAUUCCACAAGAUCAGCUUGUUGUAAUGCACCCAACACCCCAGGUGGACGAACUCGAUAUCCUCCCAUGCCAACCGACACCAGGGAACGAUACAGAUCCAGACGGACAAAACUCAAACCUAUAAUUCACACGGACUGGUCAGAGGAUUGUGGGUGCACACAGGGGCCUCUGAGAAUCUACCGUCACAGCAGUACCAGGUCAAGCGUCAUUGUCCGGGAAAUGAUGCUCCUUUAAAGCCACCAAACCAGUGUGGUGGAUUCAGCUAUGAUUAGGAGAGUUGGCCCAUAAAAUUACAGCUACUUGUGUUUGUUUAAUACAUAGGAAACACGUGGAUUGUGCUGUGUGAAUCAUUUUGCUUUCAUUUUAACGACCAAAGGGAUACAAUCAUUGAGAGGUUUCACUUGUGCAAUGUAUUUUACUGCUGGGCUGCCUUUAUUUAUCAAACAAGAGUCUCCCUCUUCCCCUCCUCCACCCCCGCCCUCCCUUUUUUCCCCUUACCCAUUGGGAUUUUUUUUUUUACUUGUUACACACAAAGGGUUAACCUUGCGUCUCACUCAUUGUGGCACUUUAUGGCUGGUUUCAGAUUGAUGUUUGUAAAGUCAUUUUAUAUUAUAUUAGUACUAACUUUAAAAAAAAAAAAAAUCUAUGAAAAGUUAUGUUUUUUGCUUUAUAGUUGUAUAAUCCCUUUUAUGUCUGGAUUCUGAUUGAGCACAAAAGGAAAGUUUUCUUAAACCACUGGAGUAUUUAAUUUAUAAGGAAGUAAAUUUUUUACUUUAAUAUAUGGUCAGAUAGGUAAUGAGUACAUUUCACUGCUCCUGGCAUCUCUGUGCCGGAACAGUUCUCACAAAUCCAGGGUCGCUCCAGCACCGCCUUACAGUGACAGGUUUACCAAUAAAAGUUGUUAAUUGAAAUGAUUGUAUGUUUUGCAUUGAAAUAAAAGGUCAUUUUAUUGGCGAGAGCAGCAGCCUGGCUUAUUUUCCCCCCAGAAGGUUCAUGUUUAGAGGAAG